AUGAUUUCGCCUCUCAAGCUGUCUGUGGUGAAGUGUUCCUCACUCCUCGAAGAAAUCACGGCUGAUGAUGAUUUAGGGGCAGAAAUUGUUGAUGAUCGUCGAAAAGUAGCGCGUACGAGUAGCGAUGCUCGACAGCGCCGCCUGGACGAUUUUCUCCUUCUGUCAAGCGCUGUCAAAGAACCAAUUGCGUUCUCUGCUCAGAGAUCAAGACCGACGUUCUCUUCCGAACCAGCUGGCAAGUCUACAAGCCAGGAGCGAUUUCAAGAGAGAAAGCGAGAAAGUCCGACCAAGAGAAACGGCGCAGCGCUAGAAGUCCGAGACACUGCCUCAAGGACGAGCAUAGAAGAUAUCCAUGAUCAAAGAAGAUUCCUGUCAACUACUUAA